AACCGGAAUUUCCACCAAGCAAAGCCAAGCUACCAAAGAGAAAAUGCGUUCCUUCAUUUUGAUUGCCCUCUUCGCCCUGAUUGUCCUGGCCGCUGCUCAAAGCGGACCACAAGGAGGACAGCAAGGUGGCCGAGGAGGACCUCAAAGUGGUCAGCAAGGAGGAUCCCAGGGAGGACAACAGGGAGGACAACAAGGAGGACCACAGGGAGGUCAGCAAGGAGGACCACAGGGAGGUCAGCAAGGAGGUCAGCAGCAGGGAGGUCCUGGCGGUCCAUGGGGUCUGCCUCCAAAUGGAACUGAACUGUCCAACAGCACCACAACCUCGACCACUGAGGCUAGCACCACUGAGUCCAGCACCACUGAGGUUUCUUCAGCCUAACUUAUGGAUUGAUUCCCAUGAAAGCCAAAAGGCUUGCUCAGUUCCUUAUCCUUGCCCUUAUUAUUACUAGUUCAUGCAAUAAAAUGAAAUCAGUUUCCUAUA